UGAACUGCAAGCAUAUCAGUGCGUUCCAACACUGUGAUGACAAAGGUUCAAACAUGGCAAGCAAAGCAGUUGACUGUGUUUAUUACGGUGCCUACAUCUCCUACAUGUUGUUUCUUGCAAUAGCAUUCACAGAUCUGAGGAGCAGGUAUGCAAAAAUCGCAGAAACAGAGAAAUUACUACAAGACGAAGCAAGAAACCUUCUUCAUAAAGCCAGCGCUAGUGGAGAACAGCUCGGGAUUAGAAGCAAGCGCGAUGUUUCUAAAGGUGUAAUUACUCCAGCAGAGUAUGAGCUCCAAAAGUUACAACGAAGGGCAGACUUGCUUGAGACCAGAAUAAAGAAAUCCGAAGCGUUAACGUCCAUUCCAAAUAUUAAUCUGGCCCUGUUAUUGGCGCAUCUCAGAGGGCCUGUUGGUCUCCCAGGAUUACCGGGAGCUAAAGGAGAAACAGGAGAAAAAGGUAUACCUGGCCUUCCAGGGAAAAAAGGCCCGCGUGGUACUAAAGGGGAGGACUACCACCAUUAUAUAAAUGGAACUGGAAACAGCGUUUACACACGUUGGGGGCGAGAAACUUGCCCAGGUGUUGCAGGAACGAAACUUUUAUAUAAAGGUUUUGCUGCUGGCAACUAUUACCAGUACACAGGAGGGAUGUCGAAUACUGUUUGUCUACAUUCGAAGCCAAUCUUUGCCAAACACUCUUCUGCAGAUACGUCACAAUACAUUUAUAGAGUGGAAUAUGAAACAGGACCUUUCAGUCACUUAGCAGCUUUGCAAAAUCAAGACGCACCUUGUGCUGUUUGUGAGGUAGUGGCACGUGGUACACAGCUAAUGAUACCGGGAAGAGAUGACUGUCCGAAAGGGUGGACACUAGAAUACAAAGGCUACCUAAUGUCAGAAUAUUACUCAAACCAGGGCCGUGCGUCUGCAGUCUGUGUUGACAAUGAUGCUGAAGGUUUGGUUGGAUCUGAACAAGAUGAGAACGGAAACCUCUGGUAUGUCAUACAAUCAACCUGUGGUUCGAUUCCUUGUGGGCCAUAUGUAAGUGGCAGAGAGCUGACAUGCGCAGUAUGUACAAAGUAACUUAGAAAACCGCCGAGUAACAACCGGACAUUUUUCGCCAAAUCUCGUGUGUACUUGAAACGGUGCUGGCAUAUCCUUGCCAGUUACACAGCAAUUUUGAUUGUAUUGGAUUGUUUUAGUAUUGAGCCUAAAUAUUUUUUCAUAUCAAUGAAAAAGUACAAUAUUUGGAUCUGUUAG